AAGAAAUUUGACAAUGUCAUUUGUAUAAACCAAAAUAUAAACUUCUAUAUAAAACAUAUAAAAUUCUAGUACUGUAGUUCACCAUGACUCUUAAUAGCAACUAUGCGCAAGGGUCCCGCACCUAAAGAUUCAGAUGAACUGGUUCUAUUUCAAAAAGGCUACAAGAUUUUAAAAAAAUUAGGAGAAGGUUCCUACGCUCCAGUGUUCUUUACCGAAUAUAAUGACUCAAAGAAAAAGGAAGAUCCAAGAAAACUAGCAUGUAAGAUUAUUGAUACAAAGAAAGCCCCUAAGGAUUUCGUAAAAAAGUUUUUACCAAGAGAGUUAGAGAUACUAGCUUUGAUCAAUCAUCCCCAUAUUAUCCAUGUUCAGAGUAUCUUUCUAAGAAAACAAAGAUAUUAUAUAUUUAUGAAACUAGCAGAAAAAGGGGAUCUUCUAGAUUAUUUGUUAAAAAAUGGCGCCACUUCAGAAAAUAGAGCUAGAGUGUGGUUUCGGCAGAUUGCUUUAGCCGUGCAGUAUCUUCAUGAGAUGGGAGUAGCUCAUAGAGAUCUAAAAUGUGAAAACUGCUUAAUUUCUGCUAAUAACAACCUAAAGAUAGCUGACUUUGGAUUCGCUCGAUUUGUGAUAAAUGCAGAUGGACAGAAUGUUACCAGUGCUACGUACUGUGGUUCCCUGAACUACGCUGCUCCUGAGUUACUUCGAGGCAGCCCAUACUAUCCAAAAUCUUCCGAUUGCUGGUCCCUUGGCGUCAUACUGUACGCAAUGUUAAAUAAAUCGAUGCCUUUCGAAGAAAAAAAUGUCAGAAAUUUAAUCAAUCGACAAACGCAGAAAAAAUGGAAGUUCCGGUCCAAAGUAGUUGACGUUCUUAGCGAAGAAGUAAAACAAAUCACAAAACGUUUGCUAGACCCUGAUCCCACCUCUCGUUGGAAAAUUAACCAAAUCGUAGACUCAGACUGGAUAAGAAUGGACAACAGAUUGUGGGAAAUGAAUGCUGAUGAACAGAGAUGUCUCAACCAAGCUAGAAAGGAAUUCUCCAAAUAUGUCGAAAGACUAAAAACUACCAAAGAUAGCACAAGUCAGGAUUACAAUAAAUCUUCAACGUUGAAACUAAUUAAACAAACGGAUCUAGAAAAAGAUAAGAGCAUAUUUUUGAAAUCUCAACGUUUUCCCUUUGUUCAGAAUGUCGUGGUAGAAAAAAAGAGUGGUGAAGGAGCCACAGAUAAAGAAAAAGCUGGAGAAACGUCCAAGAAAAAGAAACGGUAGUCUUGUAUCCAGUUACUUUGUAACGUACAUGUUAUAAAAAUGUGUUAAAUAAAUAGCGUAUAGUAUA